AUGCUUAUGCGUGACUACUUUGUUGAAAACCCAAAGUUUGGCCCGGUUUGGUUUCGUGAAAGAUUUCGAAUGAGUCAAAGGUUGUUUUUGAAGAUUGUUACUGAUAUUGAGCAACGGUUCGUUUACUUUCAACAGCGUCUAGAUCGGUCGGGGAGAAAGAGUUUAGCUGCCAUACAAAAAUGCACAUCCGCGGUGGAACAACUCGGAACGGGCAACCCUCCAGAUAACUUUGAUGACUACUUGUGCAUGGCAGCAAGAACUUCUCAUGAAAGUCUUGAUCAUUUUUGCAGCGCGGUCAUCAAGUUAUAUCGUGACGAGUACUUACGUAGGCCGACUAGUCAUGAUGUUGCCCGGUUGUACGAAGCGCAUGAAUGGAGACACAAGAUUCCGGGAAUGUUAGGAAGUCUUGAUUGGUCGCUCAACGAUAUCAAUGUCUUGAAUCAAUCGACUUUGUAUAUGAGGGAGCGAAAUUCGACGGCUCCUAACUCGUCUUUUACCGUAAACGACCGUCGUUACAAACGGGGAUACUAUCUUACCGAUGGAAUCUAUCAUAGGUGGGAGACUCAUGUCAAGGCAAUGCCAUAUCCGACUGAAACAAAUGACAAGAAGUUCAAGAAAGUUCAAGAAUCGGCAAGAAAGGAUGUAGAGCGAGCGUUUGGUGUUUUGAAAGGAAAAUGGAGGAUUUUGAGUCGGCCAAUGCGAGCGAUGACGGUCGACAAGAUUACUAACAUUGUGCGCGCGUGUAUUAUAUUGCACAACAUGAUUAUAAAGGAUGAUGGAAGGGCAAUAUCACCAGUUCGUAUUGCGGAUAGGGGAGUUCAAGUGGUUUAUAACCACGAUGCAGUGGAUGAGAUAGAAGAUGAAGAAGUUCAUCAUCAUCUUCGAUAUGAUCUUACGGAACACGUUGGGAGACUAAAUUUAUCCCAUCUCGACGACCCAGCGGCUCAACCAACGCCGAUUUCCGAUUUAUUUAUUUAG